CCUCCCCUUGGCUGAGUCAGGCUUUUAUCCCCACUUCUGGACGCUUGUUACUUCUAUUCGGCUGCUAAAGAAGAAGACAGGAUGAAGAGAGGUUUUCCCCGUCGCCACCAUGGGCAAAGAAGCUGUGCGGAACUGUUGUUUCCCGGAACUGAAUGAUUGCUUCCAGGCGGAGUUCGGAACACAACACCCGGGGCAAGAUGGCGGCCAGGCUUCGGCCGCUGCCCCGGGUCUGGCGGAACUCGGGGGUAUCGGGCUGAGGCGGCAGUAGCUGCGGCCCGGACCCCGAGUGCGGGGGCCUCGAACGGAUAAAGAUCUCCGGACUGCGGGCCAGAAAGACCAACUCCUCUGAAGCCAGAGGCUGCGCAGGGUCACUGAUGGUCACCUAGCGUCUCCACUGCACAAGCAGGUCCUCAGGGUUCGUGUCAGUUUGCAAACAUGUUCACUGUAUCUCAGACCUCCAGAGCAUGGUUCCUCGACAAAGCCAGGCAGGCACGGGAAGAGAGGCUGGAGCAGAAGGAGCGGGAGCGCUCAGCAGUGCUGAUCCAGGCACUAGUCCGCAGUUUCCUCUGUCGGAGGCGACUGCACAAAGAUGUCAGGAGAGAGAUCGAUGAGUUUUUCACUGCUGAUGAGUCUGGAUCCAGUAAAAGAAGUGCACUUUGUAUUUUUAAGAUUGCCAGGAAGCUGCUGUUCAUAUGCAAAACUACCGAGGACAAUGAGAGAAUGGAGAAGCUGUGUCGUAGCAUCCUGAGCAGCAUGGAUGCAGAGAAUGAGCCAAAGGUAUGGUACGUGUCCCUGGCUCUUUCCAAGGACCUCACUCUGCUGUGGAUUAAACAGAUCAAGAGCAUCCUGUGGUACUGCUGUGAGCUUCUUGGGCAGCUCAAGCCAGAAAUCUUACAGGACUCCAGGCUCAUCACGCUGUACCUUACCAUGCUUGUCACCUUCACGGACACUUCAACAUGGAAGAUUCUCCGGGGGAAAGGUGAAAGCCUUCGGCCAGCCCUGAACCAUAUUUGUGCAAAUAUAAUGGGCCACCUCAACCAGCGAGGAUUCUACUCAGUGUUGCAGGUACUGCUGACCCGAGGCCUGGCCAGACCCCGGCCCUGUCUGUCCAAAAGCACGCUGACGGCUGCCUUCACUCUGGCCCUGCGCCCUGUAGUUGCUGCGCAGUUCUCAGACAGUCUGAUGCGACCGUUCAUCAUCCACAUCAUGUCGGUACCUGCUCUCGUGGCUCAUCUCAGCACCAUGGCCCCUGAGCGUCUCGGGGUUUUAGAGUCCCAUGACAUGCUUCGUAAAUUCAUCGUCUUUCUGAGAGACAGAGACCGAUGUCAAGAUGCUUGCGAAAGUUUAGAAGGCUGCCAUACCCUGUGCCUCAUGGGCAAUCUCCUGCACUUGGGCUCCCUCAACCUUAAGAUGUUAGAGGAAGAAACAGAUGGGUUUGUGAGCUUGCUCACCCAGAUGCUGUGCUACUGUCAGAAGUAUGUGUCCCAGAAGAAGUCCAACCUGACCCACUGGCACCCUGUGCUUGGCUGGUUUUCCCAGUCUGUGGAUUACGGCCUCAAUGACUCCAUGUACCUGAUCACCAAGCAGCUGCAGUUCCUGUGGGGCGUGCCUCUCAUCCGCAUUUUCUUCAGUGACAUCCUCAGCAAGAAGCUGCUGGAGCCCCCAGAGCCAGUGCCUGCGCAGCCACAGCCAUCCUCCCCACAGACCGUGCUUCCCGUGAAGAGUCUCCUCAAGCGUGCGUUUCAAAAGUCAGCUUCAGUUCGGAAUAUCCUCAAGCCUGUCGGGGGCCGACGCGUGGACUCCACGGAGGUGCGGAAGGUCUGCAGCAUCUGUGUGCUCUACCAGACCUCGCUGACAACCCUCACCCAGAUCCGCUUGCAGAUCCUCACAGGCCUUACCUACCUUGAUGACCUGCUGCCCAAGCUCUGGGCUUUUAUCUGUGAGCUGGGGCCCCAUGGAGGGCUAAAGCUCUUCUUGGAGUGCCUGAACAAUGACACUGGAGAGUCCAAGCAGCUCCUGGCCAUGCUGAUGCUCUUCUGUGACUGCUCCCGCCACCUCAUCACCAUCCUGGACGACAUUGAAGUUUAUGAGGAGCAGAUCUCAUUCAAGCUGGAAGAGCUGGUCACCAUCUCUUCCUUCCUCAACUCCUUUGUGUUCAAGAUGAUCUGGGAUGGAAUCGUAGAGAACGCCAAGGGUGAGACCUUGGAGCUGUUCCAGUCCGUCCAUGGCUGGCUGAUGGUGCUGUAUGAACGAGACUGCCGCAGGCGCUUCGCUCCAGAGGACCACUGGCUACGCAAGGAUCUCAAGCCUGGCGUGCUCUUCCAGGAACUUGACAAGGACCGCAAGAGGGCUCAGCUGAUCCUGCUGCACAUUCCCCACGUCGUGCCUCACAAGAACAGAGUUCUUCUGUUCCGGAACAUGGUUAUCAAGGAGAAAGAGAAGCUGGGGCUUGUGGAAACCAGCUCUGCCUCCCCUCACGUCACCCACAUCACUAUCCGAAGGUCCCGGAUGCUGGAGGACGGCUAUGAGCAACUGCGGCAGCUUCCUCAGCACGCCAUGAAGGGCGCGAUCCGAGUGAAGUUCGUCAGUGACCUUGGGGUGGACGAAGCUGGCAUUGACCAGGACGGUGUCUUUAAGGAGUUUCUGGAAGAGAUCAUCAAGAGGGUGUUUGACCCAGCACUCAACCUGUUCAAGACAACCAGUGGGGAUGAGAGGCUGUACCCGUCACCCACGUCCUACAUCCAUGAGAACUACCUGCAGCUCUUUGAGUUUGUGGGGAAGAUGCUGGGAAAGGCGGUGUAUGAGGGGAUCGUGGUGGACGUGCCCUUUGCCUCCUUCUUCCUGAGCCAAAUGCUCGGGCACCACCACAGCGUCUUCUACAGCUCCGUGGAUGAGCUGCCCUCCUUGGACUCGGAGUUCUAUAAAAACCUCACCUCCAUCAAGCGCUAUGAUGGAGACGUCGCAGACCUCGGGCUGACACUGUCUUACGAUGAAGAUGUCAUGGGUCAGCUCGUCUGCCACGAACUGGUUCCUGGAGGGAAGACCAUCCCGGUCACAGAUGAGAACAAAAUUAGCUACAUCCAUCUGAUGGCUCAUUUUCGAAUGCACACUCAAAUCAAGAACCAGACAGCUGCUCUCAUUAGUGGCUUCCGUUCCAUUAUUAAGCCCGAGUGGAUCCGAAUGUUCUCUACCCCUGAGCUUCAACGUCUCAUCUCCGGGGACAAUGCCGAGAUCGAUCUGGAAGACUUAAAGAAGCACACGGUGUACUACGGUGGCUUUCACGGGAGUCACAGAGUCAUCGUCUGGCUCUGGGAUAUCCUGGCUUCUGACUUCACGCCUGGUGAAAGAGCCAUGUUCCUGAAGUUUGUGACCAGCUGCUCCCGACCCCCGCUCCUAGGAUUCGCCUACCUCAAACCUCCGUUCUCCAUUCGCUGUGUGGAAGUGUCGGAUGACCAGGACACUGGGGACACCCUGGGCAGCGUCCUCAGGGGCUUCUUCACCAUCCGCAAGAGGGAGCCAGGCGGGCGUCUGCCCACCUCUUCCACUUGCUUCAACCUGCUUAAGCUGCCCAACUACAGCAAGAAAAGCGUACUCCGAGAGAAACUGCGCUACGCCAUCAGCAUGAACACAGGCUUUGAGCUCUCCUAACCCAACCCAAUCUCACUACUAAGGAGCCCUCAGCUCCUGGAGGCAGCACGCCCCAGGAGUGUGGCCAGGUCACCGCAGCCUCAGACCCUCUCAAUAGCCAUGAGACACCCAAGCUUGGGGGUGCUGCACAGUGCCCUCCGUGCACUGGGGACAGAGGGCUGACAAAAAUACCCCCAGUUCUGCCCAUGCAGGUCUUCCUCCUUCUGGGCCUAGCGUUUGCAAAGCAACGCCUAGCAGUUCUGUGAGGCGUUCUCUUGCCCUCUGAGGACACAAGGCCUGUGUCUGUGAGCUCCUCCUUCCGUUCUGAAAACUCAGGUACGGCCUCGCCAAGCCUCUAUGCACAGCAAAGUCCCUGCCUCUACCCUGUCCACAGUGGCCCCUCCCUAGGCAACCACACCCAGCUCCAGCCAGGGAGGCCACUGAGCACAGUCAGGGUCUCCUGCAGGGGACCCAGGGGAUCCACACCACAGCCCUCUUUCCCACACCCUCAGCGGGCCAUGCUCAGGGGACCCUUGCUGUCAGCCUGUGCGUGGCCUCUGCAGCAGUGUCCUAGCUUGGGAGAGCAGCCUGCCACCCCUGGAGAACAGCCCAUUUCUGCAGUACCCAGAGCCUGCUCACCCUGUGUGUCUGCCCCUCAUUGGAGAACCACACGAGACCCUACAGUGCCCCGUCCUCUGGGCAGUACUUUAUUCCAGGGACUUGAGAGUCCUUCCUUUGCACUGACAGGCCCCGGAGGCUGAGGAGUGUCCCACACAUCUCCACACUACCGCCUCUGUGGCUCUGCGCUUUCUUUGUCUGGGACCUCAUUCUCUUUCCCCACCCACUGCACUCCUAGGCCCUUGUUCCCAUUUACCUUAAGAACAGAUUCGGGAUAUUGAGGCAGACGCCCUGAGCUUAGUGAUCUGAUAGCAGCCAUGUGUCUCCUGCCUCACCAAGUUCUUGUAUCCCUCCCACCCUGGUGGAAGCCGGGAGUCCUGGUCCUUCCUCCACAUUGUGGAGUCAGCUUAGGGCUACAGUGCUCAGAGCAAGAAGACGCCUGCCACGAGGAGCCUGCACAGCGGGAGAGCAGCCGAGCCCUGUUCUCACUUUAGCAAAGAGCUGUGGCCGGAGCUUGGCCAGGCCCAGGAGAGCCCCUGGGGUUCUGGAGUGUGGUGCCAGCUUCACGUGGAUGGGAGGCUGGCACGUCCUUGGAAGAUGUCUGCCAGCCAUGUGUGUUCCCAGCUUGUCCAUGGAUUCCUGUGCCCUGAGCACAGCAUGCAUGAGUAACCUGGAGCCAGAGAGUCACAACGGGGACACAGGAGAGAGUGGGGUGUAAGCACUGAUACCAGCUUGACCUGUUUGGUUUUGACCUAAGGUCGUCUGUCGGUCACGAGUCUGCUUCCCUGCAGUUCGUUGUGACAAGGGCGUCCAAGCACUCACUCAUCUGUGCCAUUGCUGCUGUUCAUGGCGUCCCAGCCGCUCUUGGUGGCUCCAGAAAGAAGUCGGGGUUUGGUUUUGUAGCUAGCUGGUGGACUAAGACUUGUCAGGGCUUUAUUAAAUUUGUACUUGAGCAC